AAAAAAAUUGAACGAAAGUGUAAAUAUAAAAAAUUGCAAGCGAAGAAGACACAGCGUAGUAGAUUCUGUUAAUGGAGGCUCGAAACCCUUCUCCUUCUCCGUCUCCGGUUCGAGUCCUCAUCCGUCCACCACCGUCUUCCUCCACUUCCACCACCACCACCGCUCCAUCCUCAUCGGCGCCACCUCCUCCUCCUUCGACCGACAAUGUCGUAGUAAUCGGUUUCAUUUCCCAACAACACGACGAUUCAACUCACUUACUCAACCGAGUCAUCGAUUCCAACGUCUUCGCUUCUGGUAACCUCGAUAAACCAUUACUCGUUGAAGAUGAAGAAGCUAAGGAAUGGUUUAAGCGUAGAAGAAUUAGUUACUUUCGUGACCGUGAUAAGGGGAUUUUGUUUCUCCACUUCGCGUCAACUCGUUCUUCGUUUGUUCAUGAUUCACCUUCGCCGGGAUUUGAUUCUGCUGUUGAAGAGUGUGAGUUUAGUGAUUUACAGGGAAUGCUUUUCAUGUUCUCUGUUUGUCAUGUUAUCGUAUAUAUUCAGGAGGGGUCAAGGUUUGAUACUAGGGUUUUAAGGAAUUUUCGUGUGUUACAAGCAGCAAAACAUGCUAUGGCUCCAUUUGCUAGGUCGCAAGGUGGUGCGCCAGGCUUACCGUCUAGAGUGCAUUCUUCGGCUUCGUUAUCUUCUCGAGCUGCCUCAUCACGAAAUAAUUCUUCUCCGGGUAGAGGUGGUGGUAACUUGAAUCGCAAUGCAUCGGCUGUGUCUCUUAUGUCAGGUUUAGGAUCUUAUACUUCUUUGUUUCCUGGACAGUGCAUACCUGUGAUGUUGUUUGUGUUUGUGGAUGACUUCUCUGGUUUAUCGAAUUCUAGUACAAAUGGGGAGGAAUCUUCAGAUGGCUCUUCGAUUAAUCAUUCUUCUAGUUUGAGUAGUGUAGCGAAGACAAGUUUGCCUGCUACUAAAGGUUCUGGUUCAGUAGUUGUGCUGGCACGCCCUGCAAGUCGAUCUGAAGGUGGACUUAGGAAGAAACUACAGUCGUCUCUUGAAGCGCAAAUUCGAUUUCUGAUUAAGAAAUGUAGAACAUUAUCAGGUUCUGAAGUUACUCACCCUGGUGUUAGAGCUGGGGGAUCCUCAACUUCUGCAGCACUGUUUUCACUUGAUGCAUCAAAGGCAGUUGUUUUGUUAGAUCGCCUUUCAAUUCAAAAAGGUGAAUCUCUUGAGUUUGCCACAGGACUUGUUGAAGAUGUCUUGAAUGGGAAAGCAACCUCAGAUUCCCUUCUUCUGGAAAGCCAUGGUCAAAUAGCAAGCAAAGAGGAUUUAGUAUCUGUUAAAGAGUUCAUUUACAGGCAAUCUGAUAUUUUGAGGGGAAGAGGGGGGAUAGUAAAUACCAACAGUGGCUCUGGUGUUGGUAUGGUUGCUGUGGCAGCAGCAGCGGCUGCUGCCUCAGUUGCUUCUGGCAAAACAUUUACUGCUCCUGAUCUUCCAAGUUUUGAAACUUGGUUAACUUCAAGUCUUCAUAUCUUGAGUAGAGUUCUCUGUGCAAAAGGGGGUUGUUUGGAUGAAUUUGAAAUUAAUAAAAGAAAACCUCGUCAAAGGAACACUGUUUCACCUUCAGUGGAAGAAUCUUUGAAGAGUACAGAUCCAUUAGACGUUGCAGUAUCUUGGUUACAGUGUGGCAGAGGGUUGAACACUAAGUUUUCGACUUUGUGGUGCCAAAGAGCCAUUCCAGCUGCAAAGGAGAUAUAUUUGAAAGAUUUGCCUGCUUGUUAUCCUACAUCACAACAUGAAGUUCACUUAGAUAAGGCAUUGCAUGCAUUUCGCUCAAUGGUAAAAGGACCUGCAGUGCAACUUUUUGCAAAAACAUUGGAAGAGGAUUGCUCUUCCAUUUGGAAAUCAGGAAGGCAACUAUGUGAUGCUGUUAGUUUGACGGGAAAACCAUGCAUGCAUCAAAGGCAUGAUGUUGAGGACAGUAAUUCAGAAUUGGGAACUUUGCCCAAGGCACAUUCAAGUGGCUACUUUUUCUUGCAUGCCUGUGCUUGUGGCCGUUCUCGAAAGUUACACCCAGAUCCGUUUGAUUUUGAAUCAGCUGAUGCUGGUUGCUUCUCUGACUGUGAUAAGCUACUUCCUGCAGUCAAACUACCAGAAACGGAAGUUGCUGGACCUGUUCAAUCUUCUUCUUGGAGUGUACUGCGUAUUGGAGGUUCAAGAUACUAUGAAUCUUCCAAAGGCUUACUUCAGAGUGGAUUUUGUGCUACUGAGAAAUAUCUUCUGAAAUGGACAAUAUACCUAGAGAAACAGAAAAGGCUAAAUGGUUCAACAGAGAGUAUAGGGAAACAAAGUUCUGUAAUUGGGGGACCGAAUGUUGAAUAUAUUGCAGAUAGAAAGAGAACCGGUGAUGGACAAUCCCACCCUGCUUUGCAGAAUGGAGACGAAGACCUUAGAACAUCUUUAGAUAUUAAUAGAACUGACGACAAAAAUAUAAGUUUUGGUAGAGGUUUUCCCAUUUUUAAAAUGAGAAAACCUUUUUCUGAGGUUGUUGCUGGAUCAGCGGCUGUUGAUUCAGGAUUCCCUCCUCUUCAGCAAAGGAAAUUGCCCACAUUAGGUUCAGAGAAAGGUGUGAAGCAAAGCAGACCAAGCAAUCAGAAUGCAGAAAGGGUUAAUGCAACUAUCAAUCAUCAAAUAUCUCAAAAAUCUCAAGAUAUGUCGUUUACUGAGGGACCUCUUCAUGGUAAUGGAAAUAAUGGUAGCAGAGACGGUGACCCUUUUUUGAGGAUAGGUAGCAAUGUAUUACCUGUAUACUUAGAUGAUGGUACAAGGAACAAACCACAUUCUUCUUUAAAGCAUGAGACAGUGUAUGUUGGAUUUGAACAUGAAUGCCCCCGUGGCCAUCGUUUCCUGUUAAAUGCAGAUCAUCUCACUGAACUUGGAUCUUUAUACUCAUCAUCUGAUGAAUCUCAUUUAUCUUCUUCUACGGAGCCUGUUGAAAGAAAUCAGGCAUCUCAUACUAAAGUAAGCAAGAAUGCUUCCUGGUCCAAAGUUCAUCGAAGCUCAAAUGAAAUUCUUUCUGCAUCCAUAAAUAAGGAAAGAGACGUGGGCAAAUCAAAUGAAAUCAUUCCUAAUGGUCAUCUGAAUGCUGAUGGAUCAGUAUAUACUUCUACUCCACUGAAGGAAAAAAAUAUGACAUCUGUGAAUAUAUUGGCAAAAGCCCCCAAUCUCAUGAAAGAUUCUGGAGGGGAUCUUCACACUAUUAACAUGGGUGGUGAUGAACUUGCGUUCUCCAUGCUGAACCGAAAUUUGCCCAUCUACAUGAUCUGUCCUCACUGCAGGCGUUCCAGGAAUAAGAAAGAUACAGUAGAGGUUAAGUUUGCAAGUGGUAUCUCACAGCUUAAAAGGAUUUUUAUGGUCACACCAGCAUUUCCUGUAAUACUAGCAACAUGCCCUGUCGUGCAAUUUGAGACGUCAUGCCUGCCUCCAUCAGUUCCAGAUCGUGAAAAAAAAUUGCAGUUUAGCCUUGGAUUCCCAGUCAUCUUGCCACCAGAUAGUUUCCUUACCCUUAAAUUGCCAUUUGUGUACGGUGUGCAGCUUGAAGAUGGAAACAAGCAUCCUCUUAACCCCUUUGAACAACAACCAGAAAUGACUGCCUGGAUUACCAAGGGCACAGUACUACAGAUAUUGUCCAAAGGGAGCAGUGAUGAGGGAUAUCAAGCACAGUAAAGGCUGACUAAAUUUUGGAGUGGCCUGUUUAGAAUGUAAAUGAAAGGUUUCAAUAGCUUAUCCAAAACUCAGAUGUGUGUGCAGGACAAGGACCUUUGUGGUCUAUGAAUGACGAGUAUGAUCUAUAAUGUAAUUACUGAGCUGUAAUGGAAACACAUGAAAUACAUCAUCAUUCAAGCAUGGAUUGGUAACAUGGAAUUACCUGCUUUAAUAGUAAGAUCAAAUAUUGCUGUCUGGAUUUAUUUGGAUGACACUGUCAAAUGAAAGCAUUCUACAGUUGGGGGGAGUUUGAGAUUUGUUCAUCAAUAGUCAGACCGACCUUGAAGUGUGCUAGUAAUGGUGAAACCCCGCGAUGUCGUAGUUGAUAAAAGGUUGGAUGGCAUCAUCUGCUGCAUAGAAUAUGAUGUAACCAAGGCACUGGUUAUUGCCUUUUAUGUAAUGAUGAUGUUGCUCUUCAAUGUGAAACGCUGCUAUAUAUAAGAUCAAGGAGCAUUGAUAUUGGCCUUGUGCAUUAUUAUACCGAAAGUGUGAAAGGGAGAAGCAAGUGUCUCUAACUCUAAAUUUCAAGGGGGGUUGGAAGCCCUGGAACGAGAUAAUACGACAAUUGUUGGGCUUGAUGAUGUCGAAUUUCUCUCCCAUUUUGAGUUCUUGAUUUAGUGGAAGCUUGCUGAUCAUCUAAUGUGCUGAAAAAUUGUGUAACCGGAGUCUGAAGCUGAUCUUUGUGAAAGACUUGCAUUGCCUUCUUUAUAUUAGUUUUGUUUUACUAGAUUGCAUUUUUUUUUUUUUUGUUGGUAAUUAUGUUACUGACUUUGUUGAUGCAUAAUCUCUGUCAGUGAAUCUGGCUGAUAACACGUUUAGUGGGUGCCUCCCAUUCAACUUGCAUUUUUAUUGAAUUGUAUUCACAUUUGGUUUUCUAUUUCCGAUUAACAACUCUAUCUAUUAAAGUUGAUUAAGAGGUA